CAGAUUUUUGUUGCAAAUUUACYCWAGAAAAUAAMACAUUCCGACUGUAUAUCUGUAGUGCAUCAACAAGUUUAAAUGAUUGCGUUGGUUUGUUGCAUUGGUGUUCGAGAUCCUCGUAUGAAGAAGAACAAAAUGGCGGCUGUCCCAGACCCAUUGAACCUUACCACAAAAGAUCAUCCUCUGCCAUGCAUGAUUAAUUUUACCAGCAAACCAAGGCGAUACCAUGACCUCAUCAGAUGCAUUCCCGAUGGUGUAAUGAAAACUAUAGCAAGAGAAUUCCAUCGCAAACCUACSAAGGCUAGCCGACGGGAAAAAAUACCAAAGGAACUGGGAGUUUUUCUCCCUAAGUUAAAAGAAACGUCAAAUUCACAUGACUUAUAAGCUAUAACAUCGAUUGUGUGUUGUGGAAAAAGAGUACCCGCCUUGAUUUUCUGCUGCAUAUCAGCCCAAAUUACGGGUUUUCUAUAAAAUGGGUGUUAGAUUUUUAGUGCUGCUCAUAGCGCUUGUACCACUUGCAAGCUCUAGAGACUUAAGAACRGCUUCCACAGUAAACCGCAGAACAGCGCCCGACCCGCUCUUGGUUCAACUAUUUAACGACCCGACCGCGACUAGCCAAUUAACGAAAAAACUACUCGACGGUUCCGACGACGGUUCGGCCUCCGGUUCCGGCCUUUGGGCAGCAUCCGGUGAUGGGCCGAAGGCGUCCGACGACACGACUGCUAAGACUGUUACAAAACCAAACCCUGUCAAACUAGYGAACGACGACGCUACUGURUGGGCAAACUCGGGUUCGGGUUCGGGCGCUCUGCCUGCUACGAAGACUGAGGACGAGACUGUAGAGACCAAAGAUGAUAGCGUCGCAAACGUAGACGUAAACGCRAAGAAAUCGUCGUUUAUUCCUUCGGAAACGCAAACGGUUACGGAUCAAGUCGAGGAAGGUAACAAUGUUCGUGAUUCUACAGCAGCACCAAAGGGAGACGCCAAYGACAUGUAUGACGCGACUGUUGUCAAGAAGAACGAGGUCCCUAAACCGGAUGACGCCACAGCCACAGGAAAAUCAGUUGUUGUACAUACCCCAGAGGGUGGUCUUYUUCCUCUGACGUCAGACCAAARUGCUCAGCAACAGUCACAGGACCUUUCCCAAAUGACUGCACAACCCCAGCAAGAUAUGGCCCAAGUUGCUGCUCAGCCCSUACAAGAUAUGUCCCAAGCCGCAGCCCAGCCCCUACAAGACAUGUCCCAAGCUGCAGUGCAGCCACAACAGGUCUCUCCUCAGCCAGAYAUGUCCCAGUAUGCAAUGCAGCCGCAACAAGACAUGCCCCAGGACGCUCAGCAACARGACGCCGCUCCCCCACAAAUGAUGGCUCCUAAUAUGGCAAAUAGUACUCUGUACCAAGGAGCUCCUUUACAGUCCAACGACCAAGGGUAYGGWCAGUACCAGGACCCCUCACAAGCCGGGGCUUACACACAGGAUUCUAACCAGGAUCCCUCUAUGGACCAACCCUCAGUACAAGGACAGGCCGCUGUAAAUCCUUACGCYAGCCAAGACUACUUUGGUAAUCAAUUAGACCCACAGACAGGCUUACCUAUUGCCGGUAUGCAGCAAGUACCAGUCUUCAAAGGCCUCAAAGCCAAGAAGAUUGACAUUAAAGAAGAUGAGUGUGAAGACAUGUAUGAUGCGUGCCCUGAUAUGGCAAAGAAUGAGUACUGUACAAAGUUCUCCGACCUUAUGCAUGUUCAGUGCAAGAAGUCUUGCGGUUUCUGCCAAGUGAAGGACGAAGCGUCAGGUGAUUCAGGGUCGGGUUCUGCUAUGUGGAAUGACCUACCACAAGAAGAUAACGAAAUCCCGAUCUGGAGAAAGUCUGGCAUUCCUUCACCAGGUGACAAAGUGGUGGYAGGAGAAUCUGGCUCUGGAUCAGCCAUCGCCGCUGAUGCMUGGUCAAACUCKGCCUCUGGUGAGAAUAUGAUMAAGGGAGAGGCUGAUGCAGUCGCWGAUGACGAGCCUGCUCCAGCUGAAAAGAAUGAGUCAGCGGUUGCUGAUACUUUGGAGUCGUCAGGUUCUGGUCAGCAGUCUACUUCAGAGGAGUUUGGAUCUGGUGCUAAUCUUGCAGAAGAUCUUGCYACUGGUACAGUUAGCAAAGCCGAACAGGAUACCAGCGAAACAAAAGAAACCAACGAAUCUGAAGAAACUACUGAACCUAAAUCAAAAUACAGCGAAAUUCCUGGAGCUCCACAAGUGAUCAUCCAACAGCAACCAGCUGCUGARGUGUAUCCUCACAUUGACUUGAAAACCAUCGCAAAGGCCGUCGAUGCUUAUAAGACCAUGGCUGCCCAACAAGAAGCCGCUGCUGCCAGAGCUAAGAUCGCCAAGGCCAAAGAAGAUGCCAGAAAGAAAGCAAAGGCAGAAGCAGAAGCUAAGGCGAAGAAACUCAAGGAGGAUCAAGAAGCAUCAGGAGACCUGGACGACCCCUACAUGUAUGUCCGYCAUAUGCCAAAGGGUGCYUCUAUGCAACCUAUCGAGUCACAUCCUGGUGCUUCCAACACUCCUCAUGGUCACUCCAAUCCAAUUAUACUAUUCAAGAACUCUCAAAUCUCAAAUGCAGUCGCUGCUAAGAAGAACGCUAUUCCUAAACCUUCAGUGUCAAAAUUCUUGAUGCAACAAAUGCCCCARGCAGCACCGGCAGCCAGAUCAGGCGUAGAGCAGCCCAUGUUUAACCCCAUGGAAACCGCCCCAUCAAAUGASUUCAUCCAAGACUCAAACCUGGAAAUGCCUGCAAAUAGUACACAAGGAUAYGUCCAGCAAACACCACUCGGUGACAACCAGUUGAUGAAUUCUUUCAAUGCAGAUUCUCAAGCUGCUCUUGUACAACCACAACCACAAGCAGGUGGAUUGAACAUGGCCGCCAGUUUUUUUAACCAGCAGCCCAUGCCCAGUCCCCACGCAGAUGUAAAUAUUCUACCCGAAAGCAAUUCUUACUUCGCCAACCAGCCCAACCAAGAAAUGGCGACGGCCCAAGUCGGUGGCAAAGAACAGACAAAAUCAUCUAUUUCAGACGAAGCRAUUUCGGGACAUAGUCCCGAGGUUUCUGACGAGCACUCUGACGAUUCGCUCUAUCAUUCUCUUGCCGAUGAAYUGUCAAGUUCUGAUGUGAAGAAGACGUUGGAAAGUAACGGUAAAGGCMCAAUGGCUGAGAUAUCUGGUAAAAUUCCAAAGAAAAGUAACGUAUUUGCAGCAAUCAAUGACAUUGAUGAUAUAUCCAAGGAAGACGUAGGAYCUCCACCUGAUGACCUUUCGAAUUCAGAACCAGCUCAACAACGUGGAGUACUUCCACCACUGAAUUAUGGGAAAAAUCUACCCCCAUUGAAUCAUGGGAUGGAAAGUGCCAGCAACCUUCCUCCACUAAACCACGGUAUGGGAAGCUCACUCCCGCCGCUGAACUAUGGAACCGAGGCCGCAAAGAACCUUCCCCCAUUGAACCAUGGGGCGGAACUUCCCCCUCUGAACCAUGGAAAGGAAUUUGCAGCUAAUCUUCCCCCUUUGAACCACGAAAUGAAARCGGAGGCAUUGCCCCCAUUGAAUCAUGGUAUGGARUCAGCCUCCAACCUCCCUCCCCUWUUGAAGGGGGUCGAACAGGAGAAAAUUAUUCAACCAUUCGCGAAAACUGGUAAGGGUUUUGAUCCUGGUUUCUAUGGUAACGAGGAGGCUGCAAACAUCCCAGUGCAGAAUUCUGGGAAAUAUAAUCAACCAAUKGGAACAGACUAUUUCAAGUCCAAAAUUAGCCAACCCAAUAACAUARUUUCAUAUAAUUUGAAAUCUGAAAUAUCUAGAAUUUUAGGCAGAGGAAGAAAUAAUGACACGAACGUGGGCCAAGUCCAAGAAAAUAACGCGCAAUAUCAAGGAAAUCCUAGUUCUAAUUUCUAUCCAAACGUAGACCCCUCAGGUUUCAAAAAAYCAAACAUUGAUAUUGUAAAUUCAUCUUCUUCAAACGACUCUGCACAAUUAGAUAAAUAUGGAAAUUUUGUCAGCUUAGCUAGUAAACCGAAAAAAUUAGACGAUUCAGAUGACUUCGCUGAUGUUGACGAAUCAAAGAUAUUUAAGAAUGCUAACAAUAACUUUAGCUCGUUUCCGCAAACGCCGCUGUCCAAUGCUUCCACUGAUUCUCAAGGAGUUCCUUUUAUGCCACGUCCGCAAGACAGUCAGGUAGAAAAUUCUGAUAAAAAAUCAAGUUUUCCAUGGAAUCGCCCCUUUGGCAGUGCACAAACCCUCCCGCAAGACAGUCAGGUAGAAAAUUCUGAUAAAAAGUCAAGUUUUCCAUGGAAUCGCCCCUUUGGCAGUGCACARACCCUCYCGCAGACCUCUUUUCCUCAUUACGUAAUGGUUGACGAGAAUCCAACUAAGAAAGAUACCACGUGGUUUACAAAUCCGAAAUUAACACAAGAGAAUGCGGCAGUGAAAUCGACUCUUGGGCAACCAAUGGAAAAUAGCUUAGCGAAUUCAAGAUCAGASGGACUACUCUCGACGAAAGUUAAAAUGGAUUCUUUAAAUGGCAAAGAUUCGUAUUUAGCGGCGUAUUAUAAAGGRAGGGACUCCUUAAGGAGGCUUUCGUAUGAUGAUAACGUUAAGGGUACUAAAGGGGUCAUGGAAGAGGCCCUCAAUUCAAAUGCCGACCACGCCCUUGCAAGGAAGAAGGGAGAUCUAGAACCCGCACCAAUUGACAUGCCCAUUAAGGUAUCUUCUUUCUCAGAAGGUGGGCUCUUUAAUCAACUWGAACGACAAGGGAUGAACAGCUCCGCGAGUACACCCCAGUUGGCUUCAUUUAACGGAAAUGACGUCACGGAARUGAAAUCCAAAAAACCAGAUGUGCUACCAAGUAUGAAUGGGAAUAACGCUACAUCGGCUUCGUUUAUCGAAGGYGCACUUUUUAACCAGAUGGAUAUCAGCCCGUUGAACUUAAAGGCAAAGCAACAAGAUUUGACAGGGAAUAAUAAACAACAGCAAGACACACCACCAAAGACGGUGUCUUUUAAUGACGAAGGGAAUCACGUGAUGGACAAAUCCCAGAAAUCUUUGCAGACCAACGUUCUUGGAAAGGAACAGGUCAACAGUCGUGGUGCGUUGCGUGACAGUAUCCUUGGAUACCCAAACUCUUUUGAAACCCAAGAAAAYCCAAGUAUGCAGUCAUGGCAACAGAUACACGGGUCGACCACACUGAGUCAGUCGCCUUURAAUUCGUUCCAGCCUGGCAGCACGCCCAUGCAAAACGCAGGAAAUCAGUUUUUAGAGAAUACACCACAGCAACCCGCUGACAACAGUCARUUUAAUAUCGCUGGCCUCAAUCCCACAGCCUCACAAAGCUUUUAUAAUCCGAUAAAUUCGUACAGUGUCGGACCGGCAAAUUAUGUACAACCGUCGACAAAAUCGGAAAUAAGAUUCAACAGUCCGUCAUCGACUUUUCGUAACGACGCAGCACUUAAACAAGUUCCAAAGGAAAGCUACUUUGACUACACAAAGACAGGAAAAGGUACUAUAUUGACCAAUCAGAGGACGAAUUCUAACUAUGUUUACCCCAAAGAUGAGACACUUCAUGGGUUUAGGUCUUCGAUUAAUUUUCCAGAAGCAAGCGUCACGCCAGGGAAGACAGGAGAUAGCGUGAAGAGCUACCAUCCACCAAUCGCGUUGCCGCCAUUAGAGCAUGCGCAAAGCAGYCCUGAGAUGAACUUGUUUUACUCCAACCCUGCUGACACCGAGGGCUCAAGAUACAUGAUCACCUCAGACCAGACAAAUAAUGGGUUACAGUCCUCUCCGGGAACCACGAACUUURUGCAAUCAUUGAAUCAAAACCAACUACCCCCAUUGAAGUACGCUAGUGUACAAGCCGCUGCACCACCAAUUUAUCCCUACUCCAUCCCCCCUGAGGGCGCAACUCAAAGUCAAAGCUAUGCUGGGAAUGGUAAUGGUGGUAUACCUCAGAUUGGACCGAUUUUGUUCCCUGAAGGUGGACAUCCUUWYCCUGAACCCYUCCCCCCAGAGGGUAACCAACAAGAYCAACUCUCUACUAARGGGAGUGCUAUUGGGAAGAAAAAUCUUAUUCGACCAAAACCAGACCUCAAGUGCGGCAGUGGAUGGACUGGUGCCUACGGUGACUUCGGUACAUUCUGUUAUCAACUGUCGUUCGACAAAAGCACUUGGAAUGACGCCCGCAAGAGUUGCGUGUCAGCGGGAGGUGAUCUUUUCAGUGUAACCAAUGCGUAUGAGCAGCGUUUCCUGGAAAACUUUACCAACAGCGAAGCGUGGAUUGGUUACAGGGAUAAAUCACUGGCUGGCACAUGGASCUGGAGCGAUGGUAGCAAGUCGGUGUACAGUGACUGGGAUAGCAGUGCUAAAGAUGACCAUGGUAAAGGACGAGACUGCGUAGUCCUGGACUCUGACGAGGGAAAAUGGAGAGACGAUUCUUGYUCACAGAAGUACUCUUUCUUGUGCAAGAAAAGUGCAGACGACUGCAACGAAGGAUGGAAAAAACUCACUUUGAACAGCGUUCGAGGAUGCUACAAGUUCAACGAAGACAAGAAGACAUGGGACGAAGCACAACAAGCUUGUCUGAACGACGAAGGCGCUUUAGCCAGUAUCUUAUCCGAUGACGAACAGACCAUGGUUUCACAGGUUUACUCUAAACAUGAUWUGUGGAUUGGCUAUAAUGACAAAGAUAACGAGGGAGACUGGGUCUGGCCCGAUAGAAUGACGUCAUCGUAUACAAACUGGGACGACAAGUCGCCUAACAACGGUGGAGUGACAUGYGCAAUAAUCACACGCACUGGACGCUGGCAUGACGAACCAUGUCAGUCUAAGUAUAGCUACCUYUGUAAGAAACCAAGUCCAAAGACGCUUAAAGACUUACAAAAUGAUGGAAUCCUCACACAGAAAGUCAACGACUUUAUUGCUGACAACAAUUUAGUUCCUAAUAUAGACACAAGUGUUUCUAUAUUCGGCAGACAAGCAGUUUCUCCAAGAUAUUUCUGGACUGCACAAAAGAUUUAUAACAACAAGAUUCAUGGGUCCAGCCCUAUUUCCAUACAUGGACAUAUUAAAUCUGUCGAUGGUGGGUUACAAUUGAACGGUGUUGACUCGUGGUUGGACGCUGGUGAUUUCUACGGACAGUGCCUUGGCGACCCUGACCUCUGCAUCAAAGGAUUCUCAUUCGCAAUGCAGUUGAACUUUGACGAUGAUGCCAAGAGCUACAAAGACAAGCGAUAUAUCAUGGAUUCUGCUGGCGAUUCAAGAGGAAUCUCGAUUUACUUAGAAAAUAGCACUGUACACUACAAAGUAGUGACGUCAUCGAAGACUUGGGAUCUGUCUACAGACCUCGUGACCAAUGACUGGCAGGACGUGGUACUGACAUGGAAGAAAGAAGAAGGUCUAAUGUUGUAUGUCAAUGGUGCCUUUAGAGACUCACAGAAAGAUGGYACCGCAACUAACCCUGUACCUAACAAACAAGCACGACUCACUGUUGGUAGAAAGAGUGGUAAUCCACCCUAUAGAUACACAAGGAUGUACAUCAGCUCGUUGUACGCCUUCACGAGAUUUUUGUCACCUGAAGACAUUCCAUAUGUAUUUACAUACGACGAUACAGUCACUGCCCGUUACACAUGGCUCCUACCAGAGCUCCGUGAUGGUAAAGUYGAAGGWAGCCCAGAAAUAGAAGUCAAUGGACCCGUCAAAGCCGUAGAUGGUGGUGUUUUCAUUGAUGGCACCAAAUCGUAUCUUAAAGUGGGAGACUUCCAGGGCCGAUGUAUUAGUGACCCAACGAAAUGCCCACACGGCCUAAGCUUGAGCUAUAAACUGAAACUAAACAGGAAAGUACGUACGUACAARGAACGUCGUUACAUCAUGGACUCUGGCGGACACGUUAGUGGAAAUAAGGGUAUUGCUGCGUAUAUCAAUAAUAACAACYUGUAUUUUACAUUGGCUAUGAGUACGCCUGACGAUACGCUACGAUGGACCGUAAGAACGUCAAUAUUUACCGUAAGAGAUGCCUUACCCAGGUCUUAUCCGUGAAGUYUGGAAGGAGCUGCCUGGUAAAGAUCUUAGUAAACUGAAGGAGGAUCCAUACUAUCCYAACGACCCCUCUCUUGUGGAGAUCAUUGAAAACUUCGACGCCCCCUUCGAUGUUGAAAAAGACUUCGGCAGCCGUGUCAAGGGAUACUUUGUGGCACCAGAGACUGGAAACUACACCUUUUAUUUGUCUGGUUCUAAGUCCACUGAACUGUGGCUGAGUAAGGGAGAGUCUCAACAGAACAUGUCAUCAAUGAUUGCGUUACACGACUCGACAGGACACAAUCAAUGGAAUAAGUUUACUGCACAAAUYUCUAAAUCUGUAAGAUUAGAAGCUGGAAAAUACUACUACAUAAUAGCUCUGGAGAAAGGCACCGAGUCAACCGACUCCCUUUCUGCGGGCGUUAGACUACCCAGCGGUCGCUUCAUGAGACCAGUCUCCAAAGAAAUGCUUCAGUGGAGAUUACCAGGUGAUCCAUUCGCUGGUGUUAUUCGUGAAGUCUGGCAGGAUGUAGCAGGGUAUAAGAUCACUGACUUGACCUCYAAUAAAAACUUCCCUAACAACCCAUCAAGUAUUGAAGUACUGGAUAAAUUCGACGCUCCACACAACAUUGACGAUAACUAUGGCGCUAGAGUCAGAGGAUACUUCAAGGCUCCCGAGGAUGGAAAAUAUAGGUUCUACCUUGCSGCCGAUACGACAGGCGAACUGUGGCUCAGCACGGACGAGAGUGAAAACAACGUAAGRAAGAUAAUCACACUGAAUGGCUGGACAGCUCACAACCAAUGGCUCAAAAUGGAGCUUACGAGUUCUCAGGCAGCAAGGAUUCGUAUAUUGAAAUUCCAAAGAGCAAUGUCUUAGACACCAAAAACUCCAUUACGUUGCUGGCAAACGUGUACCCAACUGGCAACGGRGGCCCAAUCAUCAACUACAAGACAGAUGGCUGGGGCGUCCAUUUAUGGCAGUUUGAAAGCAAUGAACUGUUCGUCCGUUUUGUGCACAGAAAUGGUGUAUUCCAUAAACCAAUAGGAUCACGAGUUAUUCAGAAAAAUACCUGGAAUCAAGUUGGUGCCACCUAUGACAACACGACUGGCGUGGCAAGACUUUGGCACAAUGGUAAGAUGGUCAAGAGCAGAAAUAUUGGACGAAUUUUCCAAACCAGAUGCUGAGAACCCCGUUGUAAAGAGAACAAAAAUCCCAAAAGCUGAGAAGAAGGAAGGAAGCGAGAAAUAUCAAAAGAAUACUACCUCAAAUGGAGUCAUUGAACAAAUGCGAGAGGAGAAAAAAGAAGACGUUUUGCUUCUCUUUCAAAAACUCGGCUGCUACAAAGACGAAAUGACGCGCCACGAUAUUCCAAAUAAGGUUACCCUUAAGGCUGUCAGUCAAGAAGAYUGCGUCCGCGCGUGCGCACUUAAGGAGCAAGGGUACUCGUACUUUGGACUUCAAAACUCUGACCAGUGCUACUGCGGGCACAAGUACGGUAGAUAUGGAAAGUCAGACGAUGCAUUGUGUAAUAAGAGGUGUAAUGGAAACARUGAUGAGAAUUGUGGUGGGAACUCCACUAAUAUGGUGUACUUCUUUGGUCUUGGUACAAACUACACUGUCAACGUGUACACAGGAGAUAAAGAAGAUUCUGAUUCCGAUGCAAAAGUCUAUAUCACACUGUACGGAGAUAAGGGAGACUCUGGGUUUAGGAAGCUUGGCACCAAUGCAUUCACUAAAAAACAAACUGUGAGCGAGACCAUGCUAUUACCAGAACUUGGAGAUUUAAAGAAAGUACGAAUUUUACACGAUAAUUCUGGUAAACACCCUAGUUGGUUCCUAAACAAGGUAACAGUAACAGACGAGAAUGGAAAAGUSUACAAUUUCCCUUGCCAUGAAUGGCUCAGCGAGACACGCGGUGGCGGGAAAACAGAGCGACUUUUAUUCGCCGACAACACCAAUCAAUCAUAAUGAUUGACAGCUUUUAUAGAUUAUCUAUAACGCAAAUUGCAUCAUGCAUGCGCUACCAUGACAACCAAGACAAGACGACACACAGUUACCAUGACAACUGAUCUAACCACGUGACCGACAUUUGACCGACGCAGUGAAACAACUAGUGACCGAUGCACAACCUCCAUAUGAUUAUAUGAUUAUAUAUAGCGUGCAGACAUUUAACCCGUGAAACAAAAUCUAGUGCGGUUCUUGGUUUCUGCUGAGUUAACCUCAAGUGCUCGGAAUGAUAGAUUUUAUUGACUUUAUGGUAUUUUAAAGAACGUUGAGUACAGAUCAAUACUAUGCUAUAGCAUAGGUUAAGUUUAUUUCUCGUUAAUGACGCUACAAAUUGAUAUAGUCUUGAACUAAAUUGGUUUUAUCGUCAUUAUGAAAGAAAGAAAUCAUUAGAGGUCUUCGAGCUUUGGUGUGACGACCAGCAAUGCUUUUCAUUACUUAACGUUUCRCUGAAAUAG